GCCCGCAGCAAGCGCUACAACCGCUCCCACGUCGGCGGCACCAGCUCCUAUCUGCCGCAGAAUGAAUUCCCCGUCUUCUCCCACAGCGGCGACGUCGAGAUCCUCAUCCGCGCCGGGCCCGUCGAGAACCGCUACCUGCUGCACCGGCACACGCUGACGCGAUGCAGCGGCUUCUUCGAGGCCAGCACCUCGUCCGAGUGGUCGCGCGCCCAGCCGAUGCUGCCAAGCGGCCACGAGCUGUCGAGGAUCGGUGAGGACGGUCCGGCGUCGUCUGUCGCUGAUGGAGAUGCCGGGCAGGGCGGCAGCACGACGGCGCCGACGCGGAAAUGGCGAUACGAGCUGGACUCGGGCUCGGGCAACAACGACAUCCCCAUGCUGGUGCAGCGGGAGGAGCCUCGAGCCGACGCGCAGUCGCUCGGGUCGUCGCUCUUCGGGCCCGGCCCCAAGACGACGUCGUCAUCGUCGCGCUCGUCGCACUCGCAGUCGCACCACCACAAGAGCAGCAGCAGCAGCAGCAGCAGCUACUCACACCCGUCCAAGCGUGACUACUCCCGCUCCGUCAUGAGCCUCGGCGCCCAGCCCCAGACCCUGUCGCAGGCCGACGAGGACCUGCUGCGCGACUACGACAACAUGUUCCGCAUCUUCUACAACUACCCGCCCAUCCUAGACAACAUCAACGUGGCCGAUGCCUACGUGCAGUGCAAGAGCCUUCUGACGCUGGCCGACCAGUACGACGCCCUGCCCGUCAUCGGCCCGCGCGUCGACCACCACCUGCUGCAGUUCCAGUCGCGCCUGUGGAAGCAGAUUGCAAAGUACCCCAUCUCGUACCUGCGCCUGGGCUACCUGGCCCGCAGCAAGGUCAUCUUCCAGGAGGCCCUGAUCCACGUCGUCGGCCAGUGGCCCGCCGGCGAGCGCAGCCUGCGCGCCACCAUGCCCGACAUCGUGCUGGACAUCAUCGAGGACAAGGUCGACGAGCUGGAGGAGACGGUCAGCCGCGUCGAGGGCCGCCUGUUCCGCCUCAACCUGACCACGUCGCGCGGUGACCGCGUCGGCCCCAACAACGGCUACCUGGACUGGCUGGCCACCAGCCUCUUCCGCCAGUGGCUCGCCGACAACACCACGCCCCAGCCGCCGCCCGAGUUCCACCACCGCCGCCCCGGCUCCCGAGACGCCCGGGCCGCGGAUCCACCGCCGGCUCCUCCAGCUCCUCCUCCUCCUCCUCCCCCGGCCCCGCCCCUGGGCUCCGUCGGCCGCGCCUACCGCAUGCUCGGCUCCGGCAACCCGGACACGUUCCUCGGCCACGACGAGUGUAAGAAGUUCCUCAAGCUGACGCCCGAGUUCUACAGCCGCGAGAACCUGCGGCGCUUCGAGAAGCGCAUGGACGAGCUCAAGGCCAUGGCCCGCUCCGUCGUCCGGCCCCUCAUGAACAGCGGCCUCGAGCUCGACCUGAGCGGCUCCAGCCGCGUCGCCGACAGCAUCGGGUACCUGACGUGCACCGAGGUUGGCAACAGAGAUCUGCCCUGGACGGUGGACGAAUGA